CGCUCGUCAGCUGAAGAAGGGAACAUGGCGUGCGAGGCGAAGAGCCCAAGACAAAUGAACUGCGAAGAGAGGGGAGACCCAGCUCUACGCCAGUCGCGGCCCUCUUUUCUAUCGCCGAAGAAAAAUGUCUCCAUCACAUUUACAAAUUUGUCUUACACCGUAAGGAGCAAAUUUGGAAGAGGAUCAAGAACUAUUUUACAAGACAUCAGUGGCCAUCUGUCUCCAGGAGAACUGACUGCAAUCAUGGGGCCCUCAGGGUGUGGGAAGUCGUCACUCAUGAAUGUUCUUGCUGGAUACGCGACGCGUGGUGUAACUGGUUCAGUCCUUGCUAACGGAGAAGAGCGUGACUUACAAAAUUUUUUCCAACAUUCGUGUUACAUUAUGCAAGAUGAUGAACUACAACCACUCCUAACCAUCCGAGAAGCCAUGAAUAUGGCCGCUUAUCUGAAGUUGGGGAACAUUUCAUCAGAAGUAAGAAAUUUUCAAAUUAACACAAUAUUGGAUACUCUAGGACUGGCUGAAUCUGAAAAUACUCGAGCUGUUUUACUCUCUGGAGGCCAACGUAAAAGAUUGGCCAUCGCACUGGAGCUGAUUAACAACCCUCCUGUCAUGUUCUUUGACGAGCCUACAAGCGGUCUUGACAGUUCAAGUUCUUGGCACUGCAUCGAACUUCUGAAGCGGUUGGCGCAAGGAGGUCGCACUGUCGUCUGUUCGAUCCACCAACCGAGUGCGCUUCUAUUUGAACAGUUUGACACUCUGUAUGCCCUUGGAGACGGCCGAUGCAUGUAUCAAGGAUAUGUUACUGAACUCCUACCUCAUUUGUCGCGGCACAACUUCAUCUGCCCUGCUUAUCAUAAUCCAGCAGAUUUCUUGCUUGAAGUUCUCGUUGGAGAACAUGGUCCCAUCAACUCUCUCGCACAGAGCACAGAGGUCAAGAAAGCUAAUGAUACUUCCUUGAAAGUGCCUUCUCUCUCAGAAAUUUCGAUGGCAAGUGAAGAAGGCAUUAGGAACAUCAGAUCCUGUGACAUACCACAUCCUGCGACAUGUGAAUCGAUUGAGGAGUUCCCAAAAGAAAGUUCCCAACCUUCUCUCAUAUUGCAGCUGCGUGUUUUACUUCACCGAAACUAUCUCAUAUAUAUACGUGAUCCGUUCCUAACACAGACUCGAAUUGUAAUGCAUGCAAUGAUUGGGUUAUUCAUCGGAAUGCUUUAUUAUGAUAUUGGAAAUGAUGCUGCAUACGUAAUGGAUAAUUUUGGCUUCCUGUACUUUUGUAUAAUGUUUAUCCAGUUCACGGCAUUUUCUUCAAAACUUUUAUCCUUUCCUUUCGAGUUGCCUAUUCUGAUGCGAGAAUAUUUUAAUGGAUGGUAUUCCUUGAAAUCAUACUUCUUGGCGGGUGUGGCUGCUGAUGCUCCCGUACAGGUACUAUGCACACUAAGUUACAUUCUGGUGUCGUAUUACCUGACGUCACAACCUCCAGAAAUUCACCGACUAUUCUUGUUAUUUUACGUGGUUCUUCUUGUGGGCCUCAUUUCUCAAGUAAUAGGAGUAUUGACUGGAUUAACCAUGGGAAUGCAGAAUGGAAUGGUGUUUGGUCCAUUGGCUAUAUUGCCAUUCCUUAUUUUCUCUGGAUUUUUUGUGUCAAUGAAAGACGCACCAAAAUAUUUUGAAUGGCUUUUCCACAUGAGUUACUUGAAAUAUGGAUUAGAAGCUGUUAUGCAGGCAAUGUACAGCUAUGAUAGAGAGAAACUACCUUGCUCAACAGACUAUUGUCAUUUCAAAUUGCCAAUGAAAUUCUUGGAGGAACUACAUAUGGUUGAUGCAAAGUACUGGGUGGAUAUUAUAUUUCUCACUUUACUGUAUAUUGUUCUUUUGGCAGUUACUUAUACAGUACUUAAGGUGAAAUUAAGACGAAGAUGA